AUGAACAUCACUUGCCGGCCAGUCAUCAAAUCUAUACUGAUGCGAGAUUAUCAGGGGAUGCAGGAAGGGCUCGACAUGACCGAUCCCCUGAAUGAGCUCCUCGAUCCCAACGACAAAACUGUUUUGGAAAUAGCAGAAAAGGGCAUCAAUGCGCUGCUUCAUAGUACCAAGGCCUUCCACAAUCUUGCUGAGAGGCGGUAUAUUGUCACCAACAUCUUUGGUACCGCUCAGGCUCAAUGGGGCAACCUAAUUACCCUGGCCGCGGUCUACAGGAACCAGCACCUCUCACAUUUUAUCAACCCUGAUGAGCUCAAAUCCCUUUUCGAUAAGACGAUACAGUUCCUGGAGGUUAUCUCGCAUCGAUCAAGCGCUCUCGAGGUUAACGGGAAAAUCCUCGUUGGUCUAAGGGAUUCUCUUUUUCCCCAGGCUUUCCCGACCCGAAACGCUUCCGACCAUCAGCCCAAACCCGUCCGACAAUCCAAUGGCGCAGUCCGUCUUCCAUCCCUGUCGAUGAGUCCUGUGCACAAGAGUCAAAUCGGUCCUCCAUUGGGGAACAUGCACCUUGGCAGCUAUUCUUCAGAUCGUGAAGGGUAA